AUGUCCUCUCAAGUGAGACUGAAGCUGCUGCCAAGCAUCAAAUGUAUGUUUGAUGAGCCCAUUCAGGUGAAGGUGGCCGGGCUGAGGCCAAGGCAGGUUGUCAACAUGAGAGCCAAAUUAACUGAUGACAAGGGAGUGGUGUUCAACUCCUCAGCCACCUACAGGGCUGACGGCAGUGGGGAGGUCGACCUGAAGAGAGACCCCUCGCUAGGUGGGAGCAACGUUGGAGUAGAACCCAUGGGUCUGCUGUGUUCCAUGAGGCCACAUACCAUGCACAAAAUAUAUCUAAAGACAAAUGCCAUAAACCCCCAGGUGGUGAAGUUUUCUGUGCAUGAGGAGGAGGGCAGAUUACUGGCAGAGAUGAUGAAUGAGAGGCUUCUGAUGAGAGAUGGGGUCACCAGGGUCCCCGUCAAUGAAGGGAACAUCCGUGGAGUCCUUUUCACUCCUCCAGGAAAAGGUCCUUUUCCUGCUGUGUUGGAUUUGCCCACCUCAGUAUCUGAGGCAAGACCCAGUCUACUGGCUAACAAAGGCUUUGUGGUUCUCUCAGUGGCGGUGUACAAUAAGAAGGGUGACAAUAUCACAGAGACACAUCUGGACCACUUUGAAGAAGCAAUGAAUUUCUUAAAACAGCAACCAAAGGUGGGCAGUAAAGGAGUUGGCAUAAUGUCAAGAUGCAAGGGAUCAAAUAUCGGACUGGCACUCGCUGCUUUUGUGCCAGGUGUCGAGGCCAUAGUGUGCAUGAAUGCCUGUAACGCCAAUGUGGUCACGCCUCUCUACUACAAGAAACGGCAGAUCCUGUCAUCAAUACUGUUUGACGAAAGCAAGUUUAUUCCCACCGAGUCAGGUGCAAUCAUCAUAAAGGAUGCUCUUGAAGAUCCCCUGGCAGAAAAGAAUAAGGGCAGCUUGAUCCCCAUUGAACGAGCCAAGAGCCAUUUUCUUUUUGCGGUUGUAGGAGACGACCUCAACUGGGACAGCGAAGCCUACAUGGAUGAAAUGGUGGUGAGACUUAAGCAUCAUGGGAAGGAGAACUUUGAGACUGUUUUUUACCCUGGAGCUGGACACAUGUUGGAGCCACCUUAUGCGCCCCACUGCCCCUCCAGCUUCAAUGCAGGUGUAGGCAAGCGAGUGCUGUGGGGAGGUGAGCCCAAGGCCCACAUAGCAGCUGAGAUCCACCUUUGGAAGAAGAUCCAGGAUUUCUUCAAAACUCACCUGAGUUGUGAUGCAGCACAGACUAAAGCCAAGUUAUAGAUUCAAACAGGAUGAUUAGAAAGCUUAAGUUACAGAAACAUAAAUCAUGACAGCAAAUUGACUGUAUGAAAAUCACAUUUUAUAAUUAAUAUAAUAGUUGUUGAUAUGACAGUUUGAAAUUUUAGGUGAAAUUAUGAUUCGCACAUGUCUUCCCCUCCUGUAUCUCCUGAGCCCUGUACACAUGUUUCUUUUUUCUUUUUU